AUGACGGGAAGCCGACGCUUGAACAGUAUCGAAACAAGUGUAACUCGACUUCUUGUAUCAACUAAGCAUUUGUUGGAGAGCUUAACGCAAUGGGCUCGCCAGGAAGCAGAUGACAAGUUUGUCUCGGACGCAUAUGUUAAACUUGGAAACGAUUUCCGAGCUGCUACUCGAGCAUUCACCAGCAAUGGGAUUGAUAUUUCAGAUAUUGGUAACGUACCUCAAGCUUUAAGAAUCAUCUUAGAAGCUGCUUUAAGUGAAGCGCCUUCUCAAGAAAAUUUGGACAGGUUCUUACCAAACAUUCGGAAUAUCAUUGUUACUUUGUUGCAGAAUUUAAAAGCUAAACAAGCCAAAGCAAAGAGUUUAUCCCAAGACAGAUCAUCCAAGAGCCUGAUAGAAAGCGCAGCAUCACCAGCAACAACAGUUUCCCCACCAUCCGAGAAUUUAUUAAAGCCAAGUUCAGUAGAACAUGAUUUUCCUGAAAGAGUAGCAUCCCAUUCUUCCCAACCACCAGUCAAAAAUGAUGCCUUGUCACAGCUACAAAAAGGGGAUGCUCUUCAACGUCGAGCUUCUAAACGAUUUAGUGCCUACCAAUAUGCCAAACUUGCAAACAUUUCUACUCCUAGUACAUUGCCGAGUAUCACCGCAGCCCGCAGCUCACUCGCGAAUGAAUCUUCACACGAAGACAUCCCGGAAAGGAAACCCAUCAAUGCAACCAAUGAUGGCAACAAAUCUUAUGUUUUUUUGAAAAUCAACAAGAAAACAAAGAAAGUGGACAUAAAAUUCCCAGUAACAUUUGCUUCCCUUCGACUUUUAUUUGUGGAAAAAUUUGCAUAUUCACCUGGAUCAGCAAGCUUUCCUGAAAUUUAUAUCCAAGACCCCGGCAGUGGAGUAUUAUACGAGCUUGAAGAGAAUUUAUUGUCAGAUGUCAAAUCAGGGACUCUCUUGUGCUUGAACGAGCCAGAUUCCCAAGCAAAAGCAAUAAAUGACUUAGAGCUGAAGAUACAAGACUUGUCCAAGAAAAUAGAAGCUAUGAAUGCCAAUGUUAUUCUGCAAGUAAAAGAAUCCAUUUCCUCGAUAGAUAUUCCAGCACCAGUCCUACCUACUAGUCAUAAAGAAGUGAAUACAGCCACAGGAACUUCCUCGUAUGACUUGAAGAAGAUCCGCAAGAUUGAACAGGAUUUGAAAGCCCUCAGACAAUUACACAGAUCAUCGGUCGAUAAUUUCAAGCUGAUUAUCCUGCUGUUGACAGAAAAACUUGAUCAGUUCCAGGAAUAUGGCCUUGAAAUAUCAAAGGACUCCAAUAGAUCCUUCAUGGAAACGUGCCAUACUAAAUUAUCCGAGGAAUCUGACGUAUUGAUCACCAAGGUUGAUGAUUUACAAGAUUUGGUAGAGGAAUUAAGAAAGGAUGUAGCUCAAAGAGGGGUUAGAAUCAGCGAGAAGCAAAUCAAGAAUACAGUUAAAGAGAUAGAGAACGCCAAACUGGCUCUUCGUUCUAUGACCGAUUUCAUUUCAAAAGAAAGAAAUGUCUGGAAAAAGAUUUGGGAAACUGAACUUGAUAAAGUAUGCGAGGAACAACACUUCUUUAAAGUACAAGAUGAAUUAACCAUUGAUUUGGAAGAAGACAUCAAAAAGAUGGAAGAGACAUUUACCUUGAUUGAACAAUGUUCCAUAGAACAGAGCAAAGGAAGUACAAGGAAACGAAAUAAGGUUGUUGCAAACCUUUACAUACCGGAGCCAGGUGAAAGUUUACAUGAUAUAAAGGAUGCAGUUUUGAAUGAAGUGGUUGCCCUUGUACCUGAUCAUCAAAGCAGAGUAGAGGCAAUCGAAAGAGCAGAGAAAUUGAGGGAAAAAGAACGUGAAAUGAUGAAACUCAACCAGUUUCAAGAGGAAUUGGGAGAUUUUGUUGAAGAUAAGAAACUCAAAAAGUCAGGAGGAAUAGCUGAAGUAGAGAAAAUGAGAUCACAAAAAGACAGUGAGAAUUUAAAAAGUUCGUUCGGCAUUGUGUAG